UGCAGCCUUUACCUUUGGUGGCAGAUAGAGACACGCAGAUAACGUUUGAGGAAAUGCAAAACACACUGAUCUUUCUGCUCAUUGUUGCUGAAGGGCUUGGGAUGGUCAGCUCAAACUGUGAUAACAUGACAGAAGAAAACAAAAGUGCAUGCGAGGACAAUGAUAAUAACGAUAUAAAUAACAGCAACUUAAAUUAUGAAAAUAUAGAAUAUAUUACUCUCUGUUGCUAUAUCAAGCAAGUAGAUUUAUAUAUCAGUGAUGUCAACCAAAACUGCAGCAAUAAAAUGAUUGAAAACUUUGAACGUAUUUUGGAGAAUGCACAUCUAACAGAUGACUUGAGUACCAGCAAUAAUAAUCUGGUUAUAAAUGUCAAACGGAUGAAAGAACUUGAGGAUUACCACUUGUAUGCAAAUUUACACAAUACCUAUGACAGUGAAGGCAGUGCUAUGAAUCACGUGGUUGAGGUGCAUUUGCCCAAAGCCUUGAUGCAAUCUAACAGAACAAGGAAAAAUAUUGUAUUCUGUAUGUACAAAAACAAAAAGCCAUUCAAUAAUGACUCUGUUAUGAAUGAGAUUGUUGUGGGAGUGAGUCUUGGCAGUGAGUCUUUUUCAACUUUGGAGGAGUUCAACAUCAGCUUUGUUCACCAGACACAGAAUAAUAUCAAAAUGACGCACACUUGCGUGUUCUGGUCUACAUCAGAUAACAAAUGGAAUUCCUCUGGAUGCAACACCAUUCUGGAAAUGAACAAAACAACUUGCCAGUGCAACCAUAUGACCUACUUUGCAGUAUUAUUGAACCCAUAUACUGAAACCAGAAAUCUAAUAUCUCUAACAUACAUCACUCAGGUUGGAUCAACUAUUUCAAUCGUUUGUUUAAUUCUUACUCUCAUCAUGUAUGUUAUUUACAGAAAAUCAUCUGUUGAACAUUCUACACAGAUUCACAGAAAUCUUGCCAUAGCCUUACUUCUGUUAAACAUAAACUUCCUACUGAAUGCGAUUCUGGCAUCACUGAACAGUGUAAUCUUGUGCGUGUUUGCCGCUUCAGCACUGCAUUACUUCCUUCUCUGCACAUUCACUUGGAUGGCGAUUGAGGCGUUGCAUCUGUACAGACUGCUGUGUAGAGUGUACAACACCUACAUGAGACACUACAUUCAAUGGCUGUGCCUAUUGGGCUGGGGAUUUCCUGGUCUGGUGGUGAUUUCUAUUUUAUUUGCUUCAAUAAAUCAAAAUAUUUAUGGGCAAAGGGACAUCCCAUCCAAAGACACAAACUAUGUAAAUUAUAGUAUGUGUUACAUAACAGAGAAGUAUAAAACAGUGCACUAUGUCACAAAUCUGGGAUACUUUGCUGUCACUUUCAUCUUCACCUCCAUUAUGUUGGGCAUCACAGUGUAUAAGAUUUACAGCCUGAAUGCCAACCAAAGACAUCAAGACAGCAGGAAAGUAUGGAAGGACAUGUGCACAGUGCUGGGCCUCGCAAGUCUUUUAGGAACGACUUGGGGGAUUAUCUUUUUUACUUUUUCUCAGCCAAUAGCCUUACCUGCUCUGUAUCUCUUCUGCAUCUUAAAUUCUAUGCAUGGCCUUUUCAUCUUCCUGUGGUUCUACUGUUCCAAGAAGACAGCAAGUAAAGGCUCAAGUGGAACCAAUACCCAAGACAGUAGCCGCUUAUGACAAAGUAAAAAAAAAAAAAAUCUUGGCCAGUUCUCAAAUGACAGUGUUCUGAUUGGAGUGUUGGCCCUGGCUCACAUUAUUUAAAUAUAGAUUAACAUUUAAGAACCCUAGCUGUAACACAGAAAUACAAAUAUGAAUGCUAUAAAGUUAGACAUGACAUUGGUUGGGAUGUAUGCAGUUUGAGGACUCUACAGAGGCAUAAAGAAGGCCCCAUGCAGCAAUUUGAUGAAAGUGUUACAUGAACUGAAUACAUCCAUCCAUUCUUUUGUAGAAACUUUUCUAUUGCACAGCCACAAUGUACAAAUGUCUACCUCAGCAAUCUCGUACAUGAUACAUGAAUCCGCCCUGGAAGGCAUGAUAGACCAUCACAAAGCAGCAGAGAUAUUUCCACCAUUAGCUACCAUUAGUAAACUCCCUAAGAUCAAGCAACAUGGAACCCCCACAAAGAAAUUAAAUGACAAAGGUCGAAGUUACAAAGGUAUUUAAAGAUGUUUCACAACCUAUGAAACAUUUGCUUUUCUUUAAAAGUAGACAUUGAUUUUUAAAAAUUAGAAUAAACAACCAAAACUUAAAAACUUCUUUAAAAUCAAAGGAGAGCAACAGCUUGUGCGUGGCUCCAUAAGGAAGCAGACGUUAAUGGAGAGCAGUCCCAUUUAUAACAGUAUAGAAAAUUUCUAAUAAAGUGGAGGAGGACAUUACCAGAUCAUCACAGCCCUGCAGUAGCAAAGAUAGAGGUUGAAAGCAGAAGUGACUUUCAAUAGAACAUGCAGAUCAUGAACAGAUGGACACAGGUUCAGGUACAACAAUUGAAGAGUAUGCACUUGUGUUACACAAGUUAUCUUUAUACAUAAUACACUACCAUGGCUGUCCGUUUGUCUGUCCAGGAUUUGAAAUCACCUGUAGCUCACAAACCAUUU